UGUUCUACAUCAACAGGAAUAACAUUAACAAACACAUGCCCUCUUGACAACUGGAUCAUGAUAUUUCAAAGUUUAGUCAAAUCAAAUAUUUUGAAUCUGGAUGAUCUAAGUGGAUCCGGUGAACUGAUAAAGAGUGCAUUAUUUCUUCUUGACUGGCAUCAAUAUGGUGAUGCCAAACUAAUGCUUAUACCACAAGCAAUGCUUGUAGCUAACACUUCUACUGUUAUGGAUUUGUAUGGAAAUGAAGCUGACUUCUUCUUGCCAUUAAUGAAAACAGUUUUGAACACUGAACUCAGAUCUACAWGCACUUUACCCACCUGUCCUUUGUUAUCUGAAACUUACAAAACUUGUAACAUAAGUCUUGGUUGCUCCCAUAAUAUGGCAACAUUUGAGAGUUCACUUCAUGAAUGGCUCCAUCCAGGUCCAUCGCCCUGCCAUAGGAGAUUUAACAGUAAACCACAYCCAAGUACCCCAUUCAUAGAAGACAGUGUGGCCGACUGUAAUGGACAGCACUUCCCCUCCUGGUAUUGUUCGGGCACAAGGAAAAAUUCUUCAAGACAAKUUUGUAAUUUUAAGGGUAUCUUUAUCUUUUCUGUAGAUUUACUAAGUAGAGCUGGUCAUUUGACAUGGAAAGAUUUGCCACCAGUCAUUUCUCUAAAUUCCACUGAACUUUAUUUACAUAGUUUAACAYUGUGGAAUGGUAGUCACUACAUUAGUAUGAUAAAUCACUUUGACAUAUGCUAUUUAUAUGAUGGACUCAAAGAACACAAUGUCCCAAAUUCAGGGGUUACAGUUUUUACUAAUUCCAAGAACAGACUUCAGGGAUACAUAAUAAGUCAUGUUGUUUAUGUACAAAAGUAGAAAGUAUCAUUACAGUCAGAGUAAAUGAGUCUGUACAUACUUGAAACAAAUGUUUAUUAAAUUGAAUUUGAAAUAUA